AUGGGUAAUGUGCGCUACAGGAGAGCACGCUUUCUUCUCAUCUCCACACACUUUCGCAAGAUUCGUGUGUGAAAUGCGGCUUACACGGAAACGGUGGACUAUCUGCACCAUAAGCAUCCUGCUGAUAUUCUACAAAACGACAGAAAUGGGCAGAAAUGAAGUGCAUCAGAAAACAGGAUUGACAGGGAGGUCUGAGCUCAGUUCUACUAGACUGAUGGUCAACGGCUCCGAGAAACUGUUGGGCUUUAGUUUAAGUGAUCUGAGUGACAUGGGAGUGGGAUGGAAGAUUAAUGCCACCCUUGUGACCAUCAUAAGGAAGGACGUACUUCGCUUCUUGGAUGCGGAGAGAGAUGUGUCUGUUAUCAAGAGCAGUUUCAAACCGGGCGAUACCAUCCACUAUGUUCUGGACCGGCGCAGGACAUUCAAUGUUUCUCAGACUCUACACAGUUUACUUCCCGAAGUCUCUCCACUAAAGAACAAGACGUUCAAGACCUGUGCUGUGGUGGGGAACUCAGGCGUUCUCCUGAAGAGCGGAUGUGGGAAGGAGAUAGACAGCCAUGGUUUCGUUAUACGAUGUAACCUCGCUCCUGUGGAGGAUUUUGCAGAUGAUGUGGGUUUGAGGUCAGACUUCACCACUAUGAACCCCUCCGUGAUCCCACGGGUGUACGGGGGUCUGAGGGACGAACAACAGCGGGAGCGAUUCAUCCGCCGUUUACAGCAGCUAAACGACAGCGUGCUCUGGAUCCCUGCCUUUAUGGUGAAGGGUGGAGAGAGGCACGUGGAAAUCGUGAACCAGCUCAUUCUUAAACACAAACUCAAAGUGCACACAGCGUAUCCUUCACUCCGACUGAUCCACGCCGUACGAGGGUACUGGCUCACAAAUAAGAUAAAUAUCAAACGACCCUCUACUGGAUUACUGAUGUACACAAUGGCUACGCGCUUCUGCGAUGAAAUCUACUUGUAUGGAUUCUGGCCUUUCCCCAAAGAUGGCAACGGAAAUCCUGUUAAAUAUCAUUACUAUGAUGGACUGAGAUAUCGUUAUUUUUCCAAUGCGGGUCCUCACCGGAUGCCGCUGGAGUUCAAAACGCUGAAGAGACUGCACAGUAAGGGUGCGCUCAAACUGACCAUGUCUAAAUGCACAUACCCUUGACUCAUGAACGGACGGACACUCGGAACUCAAGUGAAAACUGAGAGGUCAAACUAAAAUGUGUUUUCAGCUUUGGAGAAUGAGUGUGCCUUCAACUGCAAACUGUCAGUGCAAUGAAGUGCAAUGCUUUACACACUGAACAAGCUACUGUUGUUUCCAAACGACAAAUGAAACAGUCCUGCUUAGUGUGUAGAUAUUACAAUGUUGGUAAGCGAUCUUGUCUGAAAAUGUCUUACACAAAAGUUGCCAAAGAUACUGUAUUUUUGGUAUAUAAACACAUAAUUAUUUUUUGAUUCACACAAUUCAGAGACUCCCAACCUGGUCACACGUGUCCAAACAGCUACUUAAGCAGGUUUUUUGCAGUUCCCUUUUAAGGGCCAAAAAAAACAUGUGUUUAUGAAUGAAUUUGCGUUGAAUUCCACUCAUAGCAUAUUGCAACUUGGUGAGUCUGAUUUCACCCACAGUAUCCACUUUUUAAUUGACUGGAAAAGUGUAAAUGAUUUUCUAUUAAUGUGAAAUAAAAGGAACACGUGUCUGGUUUGUUGUCAAUGAACAUAAUGGUUACACCUAAAAAAGGGAAACACUGGUAUAUAUCAGUCUCAGAUUACUGAAUGUAUUACAUGUAUGUUGUCAAAGUCAUUUAGACCGAUCUGUCUUAAUCAAAUGUACUGCUGUAUGUCAGAAUGUGUUAGCAUGCCUGGAACAGAUGACUUGAAUCUAAUAACACCUCGCAUUAUUUAUGUGGCAUUACAUUGUGUGUAAAGUAAAAACAUUCUGAGCAGAUUAUUGAUGCAGAAAUGUAAAUGUAUAAUGUAUGUAUGUUGAAGACAUGCAAUGCCUUAGAGUAUUCAUUUACAGUUUUGUUUUUCUACUUAAGUGCAUUCUUUUAUUUAUAUUGUAAUGUAUUUUGUAUUUUAAACAGAUGUUAAAUGCGUUUUUAAGCAUUUCUGUGUGUUUUUAAAUUUGAUAGAAAUUUGUCUCGCUGUAUUAAUUUGUUUUGAUAGCUUUAAAGUUGAUUUGAGUUUUUAAUGCCAAAAGCAAAAAUCAACUUCAUCUCCUGAAUCUGUGAUUAUGUUGACAUUUCUGAUUUCUUGACCAGAAGACCACUGUGGCAUGACAUG